AUGCAAACUCCGUCUUCUGGUACGGCCACGCCGGCCGACAUAGAGGAUGGACGUGGCCAUAUUCAAAAGCGAUUGACGGUUACGUUCCGCAAUCUCUCCGUCCGAGUGACGGCACCCGAGUCGGCGUUGGGAAGCACGUUAUGGUCAGAGGUUGAUCCCCGCCGGUUUAGUGGACUAUUAAAAAGCAACCAAAGGCCCAAAAGGACAAUUUUGAAUAAUAUCUCGGGCCAGGUGAAUCCUGGAGAAAUGCUGUUAGUUCUUGGCCGCCCUGGAUCCGGUUGUACAUCGCUUCUACGUGUCCUGUCCAAUGACCGGGACACGUUCGAUGAAGUUGUGGGUGAAGUCAGAUAUGGAAGCAUGGGCCAUAAAGAGGCCCAGCGAUUUCGCCAACAGAUCAUGUUCAACAAUGAGGAUGAUUUACAUUUCCCAACCUUAACCGUGAACCGUACGAUGAAGUUUGCGCUUCGAAACAAAAUUCCUAAUGAGCGCCCUGAGCACAUGAAAAGGCGGGAGGAUUUUUUGCAGGAGAAGAGGACUGGCAUUCUGCAGUCUUUGGGUAUCGAACACACCAAGAAAACUUUGGUCGGAAACGAAUUUAUUCGAGGGGUAUCCGGAGGAGAACGAAAAAGAGUCUCGUUGGCCGAAGUGAUGGCGGGCCAGAGUCCUGUCCAGAUGUGGGACAAUCCGAUCCGUGGUCUCGACUCCAAAUCUGCGGUGGAAUUUGCGCGAACGUUACGACGUGAAGCGGAUGAGAACCAGAGAACAAUCAUCGCGACAAUGUAUCAAGCGGGAAACCGUAUCUACGACGAGUUCGACAAAAUUAUGGUGCUGGCUGAAGGUCGCGUGACAUACUAUGGAGCUCGCGAUCUUGCGCGGAAAUACUUUGAAGACCUGGGGUUUGUUUGUCCCCAAGGCGCCAACAUCGCCGAUUUCCUUACCUCGGUCACGGUCACCACCGAACGCAUAAUUCAGCCUGGAAGAGAAGACACAGUCCCCAGCACACCGGAAGAGUUUGAAUCUCGAUAUGUCAAUAGCUCCACAUUUCAAGUCCAACUUAACUCCAUGAAGCCACCCGAGAAAUUGGGCUACGAGGCGGAAGAUAUGAUGAUGGCGGUGGCAAGUGAGAAACGGAAGCAGCAUGUUCCUCGCCAGCAAAGCGUUUACACAGCCACAAUAUGGGACCAGAUUGGGGCCUGUACUCUGCGGCAGUUCCAGAUCAUGUGGGGAGAUAAAUUUUCCCUGGUGAUUAAAGUCUCCUCUGCGACCAUUCAAGCUCUGGUGUGUGGUAGCCUUUUCUAUAACCUCCCCGAAGACAGCUCUUCUAUUUUCAUGCGCCCGGGUGUGCUUUUUUUCCCGGUGCUUUAUUUCCUCCUCGAGUCCAUGUCCGAGACUACCGCAUCGUUUAUGGGCCGUCCGAUUCUCUCUCGCCAGAAACGCUUUGGCUUCUACCGUCCUACGGCCUAUUGCAUCGCGAAUGCCAUUACCGAUAUUCCCGUGGUGAUGAUUCAGGUUACCUGUUUCUCUCUCAUCUUAUAUUUUUUGGCUGCACUCCAGAUGGAUGCCGGUCGCUUUUUCACUUUUUGGAUCAUCGUUAUUGCCCAGACUCUGUGCUUCACACAGCUAUUCCGCUCCGUCGGCGCGGUGUGCAAAAAGUUUGGCAAUGCCUCAAAAAUCUCGGGGUUGCUGUCCACCAUUUUUUUUGUGUACGGAGGUGCCUACGCGUUUGAAGCACUAAUGGCCAAUGAGUUCGUCGGGCGCCAGCUGAAGUGUGUUCAGCCGGAUUACAUCCCAUAUGGGAGCUCAUAUUCAAGUGACGCAUCUCCGUAUCGGGGAUGCUCAGUCCUGGGCAGCGAUAAGAACGGCGUCAUCGAUGGAGCGGCAUACAUCCGCGAGCAAUACAACUACUCUGUUCACCAUAUAUGGAGGAGUUUUGGUAUUAUCGUGGGAUUCUGGGCUUUCUUCAUUUUCUUGACCGCCGUUGGCUUUGAAAUGCGAAACAGUCAGGGUGGUUCGUCGGUUCUACUCUACAAGCGCGGGAGCAAAAGAAGCGCCCACCACGACGAAAGCAACCAGCGGUCCUCCCAGCAAAAAGGAGAUCCAAUGGCGCUGUCGGGAUCCGUGAAACAUUCGACUUUUACAUGGAGUAAUCUAGACUAUCUCGUUCCAUUCCAUGGUGAAAAGAAGCAGUUGUUGAACAAAGUGUUUGGCUUCGUGAAGCCAGGGAGCCUCGUGGCGUUGAUGGGAGCUUCGGGAGCAGGUAAAACAACUCUUUUGGACGUCCUUGCCCAACGGAAAGAUAGCGGAGAGAUUUAUGGCUCAAUUCUCAUUGACGGCCGACCGCAAGGGAUAAGCUUCCAACGAACAACAGGCUAUUGCGAGCAAAUGGAUGUCCACGAGGCCACAGCAACUGUCAGAGAAGCUUUGGUUUUUUCCGCCGUUCUUCGACAACCGUCUGCCAUUUCCUAUGAGGAAAAGAUUUCCUACGUGGAUCAUAUUAUUGAGCUUCUGGAGCUGAGUGGUAUCAGUGACGCGCUGAUUGGAGUGCCUGGUGCAGGAUUAAGCAUCGAGCAACGGAAGCGAGUAACCCUAGGGGUUGAGCUUGCGGCUAAACCAACUUUGCUGUUCUUGGACGAGCCAACAUCUGGCUUAGAUGGCCAGUCUGCUUACAACAUUGUUCGCUUUCUGCGAAAGCUUGUGAAUGGAGGUCAAGCUGUUUUAAAGUGCACAAUUCACCAGCCGUCGGCAGUCUUAUUCAAUGCGUUUGACGGUCUUCUCCUCCUCGCCAAGGGUGGGAAUAUGACAUAUUUUGGAGAAACUGGAAAAGACUCACAGAAGAUAUUGGAUUAUUUUGCCCGUCACGGUGCCCCAUGCCCACAUGAUGUCAAUCCAGCCGAGCACAUUAUCGAUGUGGUCCAGGGCAAGGCUUCAGGACAGGUUGACUGGAUCGAAACGUGGAAUCAAUCGGAAGAUCGCAAGAUGGCGCUCGCGGAGCUUGAGUCGCUAAACCAAACCAGUAGAUUGGACCCAGGUUAUGUGGAGGAUACGGCGGACUAUGCAACUUCGCAUUGGUUUCAGUUUGUCACAGUCUCAAAGCGCCUUACGGUACAGAUUUGGCGUUCUCCGGAUUAUAUGUGGAACAAAAUUAUUCUGCACAUUUUUGCUGCGCUCUUCAGUGGAUUUACUUUUUGGAAAAUUGAAGAUGGUACCUUCUCUCUCCAACUGCGAUUGUUUGCCAUUUUCAACUUCAUCUUCGUCGCUCCAGGGUGUAUCAACCAGAUGCAACCCUUCUUUCUGCACAACCGUGACAUUUUCGAGACACGCGAGAAGAAGUCCAAGACAUAUCACUGGCUUGCCUUCAUUGGAGCCCAGACAGUCACCGAAAUCCCAUACCUCAUCAUUUGUGCCACUCUAUACUUCCUGUGUUGGUAUUUCACAGCAGGGUUCCCAACUUUGCCCAGCAUAUCCGGUCACGUUUAUCUCCAGAUGAUCUUUUACGAGUUCUUGUACACUUCCAUUGGUCAGGCAAUCGCAGCGUACGCGCCUAAUGAAUACUUUGCUGCCGUCAUGAACCCCGUAUUGAUCGGGGCAGGCUUGGUCAGCUUUUGUGGCGUGGUCGUCCCAUACGCCCAGAUGCAACCUUUCUGGAGAUACUGGAUAUACUACUUGGAUCCGUUUACCUACCUUGUUGGCGGUCUUCUUGGCGAGGUAUUAUGGGACGUUCCUGUGAAAUGUGAGCCAUCAGAAUAUGUGCGCUUCAAUGUCCCCUCCGGUCAGACGUGCGGGGAAUACAUGGCCGAAUUUCUGGUAUCACAAUCCGGCUACCUUCUGGAUGGAAAUUCCACCGAAACCUGUUCGUUCUGCCAGUAUUCCAAGGGCGCAGACUACGCCCAGACCUUCAAUCUCAAGGAAAAUUACUAUUCUUGGCGAGACACCGGUAUCACAGCAUUGUUCUGCGUUUCAUCGUACGCCUUGGUUUUCCUGAUGAUGAAAUUGAGAAGCAAAAAGACGAAGAGUGCCCGAUCCGAGUAA